UCCUCAUCGGCGCCACCAUGCUUCAGGCUGCUGGACUCCUGCUGCUGCUGCUGGCCAUCACGUCACCAGCAGCUGGAAUCAGAGAUGGCGGAGCGGCGGCGCACAGCGUGGAGUCUGGAGGAUUGCUGCAUCUGGCUGACCUACUGAAAUCAUCUAGCAAACCUUCAGCCUGGGAGUCGAGCCGGCGCAGAUCCCGGCGGUCGGUGUUUCUGCAGCCUGGAGUGAGAAUCUGCUCCCAGGAGAGCGUCGACGAAGUUCUGGCCAGCCACCAGGCCUACUACCAACUCAGAGUCUGUCAGGAGGCCGUGUGGGAAGCGUUCCGGAUCUUCCUGGACAGAAUUCCCGGGACGUGGGAAUACCAGGCGUGGGUCCGCAGCUGCCAGCAGGAGGCGCUCUGCAUCUCUGACAUCGCCAGGAACUUCAGCAGCUCGGAGGAGCACAUCGGCCUGAUCCACAGGAGGAUGAAGAACCGCAGAGAGAGACGACCAGAGACACGAGCGGUGACUCCGGCAGCAACACAGAAGACCCCAGAACUCCCAGGUUCUGAAGCUCCGCCCAGCACGUCUUCAUCGCCUCCACCUGCCAUCAUCAUCAUCACCUCUGCUGCCCCGCCCAGUCCGGUAAUGGACCACACCGGACCGGCUGGACCCGACCAAGAGGACCCGGAGCUGCCCAACCUGGUUCCCGAGGGUCCUGAGGUCCACACGGUGCAGUUCAGUGUCAGCCUGCUGGACCCGGGCUACAGGCAGCUGCUGGGCGAACCGGACUCACCGGAGUACCUGGACCUGGCGACGCACCUGCAGGACCAGAUGCGGCUCGUCUUCGACCGAUUGCCGGGCUUCAAAGCCGUCAGCGUUCUGGGGAUCCGUGAGACGCUGGAACCUGACAGGGCUGAAGGAAUCUCGGUCCACUACUCUGUGGUCUUUGAGAACAACAUCCAUCACGCAACCUCAGAGACAACCAGAGAACCAGAGGCCUCUGCUGACUCUGGACUCAGAGAUAUGUUGGUCAAGGCUUUACAGGAGAAAGCUUCUCUGCCAGUCGACCUGGACUCCCUGAACUUCCAGCCAGAAGUUAUCAUCCUCCCAACACCAACGUCAUCUGCAGCUGAAGAGAUGGAUGAGCCCAGUGAACCUGAUUCCCACAAUGAGUUUAAAGUCUUCACCCCUGAGCCUGAGGUGAAUAAACUUCAUCCUCCUCUCACCUCGAAGGAGAAGGAAAAUGACCUUGUAACCCUGCUGGACUCCACCACUGUCUCACAUGGCGAGAUGAUCACGGUGACUGAUGGGAUGGCACUGAUCAGUGAUGAUCCCCCGGCUUCAGAGGACAUUACUGAUGAUUCAGAAGAAAUUUACAUGAUUGAACCAGAGCUGUCGAGCCAGGAACAAGAGGAAGAGGAAUUGCUCAUCAUCACACAUGAGAUUGAAACCAUUCAUCAGGAUGAAACGGGGGAACUUGUGCGCGUCUACAUCCCAACCCCAACGCUGCUUCUUCAGGGGGAGGCGGACGAUCCAUUUGUCACUUCGUCUCCUAACCUGAUAUCAGAGGAAGACCUCAGUCCUGUUGAAAAAGAGGGAGAAAGUCCUGUGUUUAAACCAACAGCUCAGAUUGUAUUCACUGCAGCCAUUGGCAAUAAGGAGCUGUCGGAAAUCACAACUCCAAGUUUCAAACCUGCAGACCUCACAGACCAGCCAUCCACAGAGCCAGCAUGGAUCCCUAAAGAGGAAGAAGACAUCAACGCUCUUCCACAUGAAGAAAAGCUAGAUUUAGGUUUUUCAAAACCUGAACCAAGUGACGUUAUGGACCAAGAAUCACAGGAUGUUAGAAGUUUGCAAACUGAAGUAGAACUGCUAGAGCCAGAGGAAGAUACAGUCAUUCUGGAGGUUUUAAGGCCAAACCUUGAGAAAGUAGAAGUCUCAGAACCAGGUGAAGUUGCAGUUGAAAUGUCAGAGUCAGGUGAAGCAACAUUUGAAGUCUCAGUGCCAGAAAAAGAAGAAAAGCCAUCAGAGUUUAUCACGGAAGUAGUUGACAUUUCAAAUCCAGCCACAACACCUGACACUUCAGAGACAGAAGCACCUGAAGUUUCAGAGCCACACCAAGAAGUUCAACAAGUGUUACUAAUGGACAAAGAAGUAGUGGAUGUUUCAAUGCAAGAAAAAGAUCCAACUAAAGCAUCAGAGACAAAGAAACAGUCGAUUGUCGAAAGUCAGGACGAAGUUACAGAGCCAGAACCUGUGGUUCUUAUUACAGAGAAGGACCUUGUUGAACCAGAAGAACUGCUUCCAGAGACGGACUCUGAUGAUACCAAACCUGAGGUUUUCACAGAGCAAGGUGUAGAAGACGGUGUCAACAUUUUGCAACCAGAAAAAGGAAUAGUUGAAGUUACAGAACUAGAAGAAGAACAGAUAGAAAAAGUAAUUGAGGUGUCGCUUUUAAUUCCUCAACUAGAGGAAAAUCUGGUGGAGGUCCCAGAAAAAGAGGAAGAGGUGGUGCUUGUUGACUCCAAAGAUGAAAAAGUUUUAGAGAGACCUGGUCAUGAAGUUCUGAAAGAAACGUUAGCUGAAGUCCCUGAAGAAAAGGGUCCUGAUGUCACAGAGGAAAGGGUUCCCAUAUUUAUGGAGGACAGAGUUCCUGAAGUCACCAAGGAAACCGUUCCCAGGGUCACCGAGGAAGAGAGAGUUCCCAAACAUAUAGAAGAUAGGUUUCCUGAGCGCUCAGAAGAAAGUGUUACUAAAGUUACACAGGACAUGGUCCCUGAAGAUGCUGAGGAAACUGUGUUCAAAGUUACAGAGCAAAAGGUUCCCAAAGUUACGGAGGAGAACGACAACAUGGGUGGAGUUGCUGAUAGAGUUUCUGAACCACAGGAAGCAGUUCCUGAGUUGGAUAGAGAAGGAGUUAGAGACAAAUCAGUCCAUGUGGUGAAGCUUCAAACAGAAGAUGUCACUGAAAUUGCUAAUGCAGAUUUUGAGGAUGAAAUGGUUGUAGUUGCCUCACUUGAUGAGAGGCUGGUGGACAUUGCACAGCCAGAACCUUCUUCAGAGAAGACUGAAGCCAUAGGUGACUCAAAAAGUCCAGAACUGGAGACAGUAUCAGAACCAGACAAAGACCGAUUGGACUUCUUACCAGACUUACCUAAAGGUCCAGAACCAGAAGAGGAGGUCAUAGAGCCAGAAACAAAGAGAGAUUCUACAGAACCAGCUAUUGAGUCAAUCAAAAUCCUCCAGACUUUGGAAAGCAUGGAAGAACUUCACUACAGAGAGGAUAGUGUUCAGGUAGUGGGGGAAGAGCCACUGGAUGGUUCUGAUGAACUCAACCCAUCAGCGGAAGAUAAUCUACCCAUCGUACCAGGACUCAUCUACCCAAUCACAGAGGACGUUGAUAGAACCAACAUAGAGGUGGAGAGAGAAGCCAGUGCCUUCAGAAUACCAGAACCUGUCCAGACUGAUCUACCCAUUGAAGCAGCAACAUCUGUCUCAGCCGCAGCAGAUGCAGAGCCAGAGGUUCAGUCAGAGGAUUCUGGAUCGACAGAUAACUCUUCAUCAAAGACACAAGAAGAAGAAAUGUUUGUAACUCGUAGCCCAGUCUCAGAAGCCCUUCCUGCACCUCCAUCUGCUGUCGACCUGGUUCAAGUACCAACACCUGGCCCGACUGAGGACUCUGAGGACAGAAGUGAACCAGAACCACCUGUUGCUCCCCAGGUGGAAACGGCAGAUCCUGAAAGCCUCACCGCCUCUCCAGGUGGGGAGGAGUUUUCUGAGGAACUGGACCAGAGCAACACUCCCAGUAAGGAGUCAGUGGACCCUGCCAGUGAUCUGACCUCUGCAGCAGAGGAAGAUGCCGCUCCUCUAAGAUACUUGACCACGCCCACCAUGACCACCGCCAGCAACAGGCAGGAGCUGGUGGUGUUCUUCAGCCUGCGCCUCACCAACAUGGACUUCUCUGAAGACCUUUUCAACAACACCUCAGCAGAGUACAGAACCCUGGAGAACACUCUUCUAGAUGUGCUGCUGCCGUACCUGCAGGCCAACCUGACGGGCUUCAGGAAACUGGAGAUCCUGAACUUCAGGAAGGGCAGCGUGGUGGUCAACAGCAAGAUGCGCUUCUCCCGCUCCGUGCCCUACAACGUCACCGAGGCCGUCCGCUGCCUGCUGGAGCGGUUCUGUUCCCCCGCCAGGAGGCUCCAGAUCGACCGCAGCUCGCUGGACGUGGAGCCAGCUGAUCGGGCCGAUCCGUGCCGGUUCCUGGCCUGCGGAGACUCAUCCCACUGCGUGGUUGACCACCGGACCCAGGAGGCCCAGUGCCACUGCGAACCGGGCUUCCUGGCUCAACAGAACCGGUCCUGUCGGAGCGUCUGUGAGCUGCAGCCCGAGUUCUGUCCAGACGGGGACUGUCACGUGGUUCCAGGCCGAGGAGCCGAGUGCAGACCCAGAGGCGGAUCUCAGCGGUCCGGCCUGACCAGGUAGGAAGACGCGUUGGAUCGGACGGGACCAGAGAACGUGAAAAGACUCACCAGAGCUUCAGAGGAUCAGCAUCGACCCGACUGAAUCGGGUCAGAACCGAUGAGCCCGUUUGAUGGAUUGGGACAUCGGGUCUGCAGCUGGUCGACUUCAGCUGAAGGUCCAUCACAGUUGGGUUUAGGCCCGGACUUUGACUAGGCCAUUGCAGAACCUCGAUUGUCUUGUUUUCAGCCGUUCUGACCCAGUUCUGCUGGGUUUGGGAUCUGAGUUCUGUUGGCGACCCAGUUGAAGACCAGACUAUGUUCUGUCCCAAAACGUAGAUCUUCAAAGUCUGAGAACAACUUCCUCUUCCAUAUCCCGCUUCCUGGAGAACUGACCUUUAACUUCCUUGGACAAAACCCCGAACGCCCAUCACCCCGGAGACGACCCUAGAGAUGACCCCGAACGCCCAUCACCCCGGAGACGACCCUAGAGAUGACCCCGAACGCCCNAUGA